AUGAGUUACUUGCAUCGAUAUAUUCCACCCGUCUACGUGGAUCUCAACAUGAUGACCACGCCCUCUAAAGAUCAAGAGACCUCAAAUGCGCCCUGCUCAUCUGCUAAAUUCACGGCAGUCCAGUCGUCGGGUGAUAGUGUCAAGCCGCGUCCAAGUCGCACCAAUCCACUUUUCCUGGAUCUGCUGGAUUUCCCUCUCACAAUGGCCGAUGCCAACUCGGAUGGGCUCAAGUGCAACUUUGAUAGUGUCCUUGACAUGGGUGACGGACAUGACACUCCAGCAGGUGCGACGCACCAGAUUUUCCCACUUCCAACCGGCCACGAGAUAACACCGGACCAAGAUUUCAACACGAUGAAGCAGAGCCAGGAUCCUGAGGUACUCAAAGAGGUCGAGACUUUUCCUGCUGCAGUAUUCACAAACACGACCAUCUCAGCCUCACGGGUAAGCUCCACCACCUCUGCUCCUUCAGAGAGCAACACUACGCCGUCUCAUCGUGGUGGCCGCACGUCUCACUUCUCCGCCAAGCAGCGCCGUGAACGACACAAUGCCAAUGAGCGACGACGAACAAACGCUGCCAAGGACCGUGUCCGUGACAUGCGUGACACGGUCACGGCGCUCGGACGUCAACGCGCUAAGCUGACUAUACAGCGUGAUGCCAAGGCUGCCGCAGAUGAGAUGCUCCCACACCGGAGACCGGUCGAGACUGUAGUACUUCGAGAGCGUGUUGAAGAGUACGGAAUUCCUGGCAGUACUACGUACUUGGAUCUUGUCAAGUCUGUAGACGAGCUCCGGAACGAGAAACAGUAUCUUAUAGAGAAACUGGACCAGCUGGACUCGCAGAACAGCGUUCUUCAGGCGGUGCAAACAGAGCUUUUGACCAAUACCACAGCAUCUCUGACGGAAGGUGGGGCCAAAAAGAUCCUCAAGCGCAAGCGUGUGGAGGCCAACGAGGAUAUUGAUUUCGUCUCGGUCAGAAAACGGAUGGCCCUCGAGUCGUGCGAGAUCAACACCCCUGCUGGUGGCUACUGCAUUGAGACGGAGGCCGUUCCGUCAUACCUCAAGGUCCUCUUCUCCAAGCCAAUGACCAGCAAUGCGGCGUUCAACUGGGUCAAAGACAGCUACAGUGACAUCAUGGCCCUGAAGUCCCAGCAGAAGCCUGCAGGAGUUGCCGCUCCGACGGUCCUGGGCUGGUGUGAAGAUAAGCGAGAAGUGUCAAAGUCACCGGGAUCAGACAAUGAGCACUCUCUCGAGCUGAUGCUGACUCAGGACUUCCCUAAUGUCGUGUCGGGCGAACUCGUCUUCAAUACGUGGAACCUUCUCACUAUACUGGAAGCCUUCCGAAAGCUCUUCCCGUUGACCAAGGACUUGGCCAUUUUGCAGACCAUCAACGACGACUGUGUGAUCGUCCGUGUUGGUAUUGCACCGUUUUGCGACGCUCCUGUGGUGCACAGCAUCAUGGUGCUUGCUCGUGGCCAGAUUGACGGUGGGUACUUAGUAAGUAUGCGAUCCGUGCCGUUGUCAGCGGGCCAAAAAGCAUUUGCUGCUGAUGAGGCGAGUUAUUUGCCAGUUCUGGUGUGGUUCAUGCUGCUGGACAAGUAUGACGAGUUCGCCCAGCCCGUGUGCGAGGUAAUCGUGGGGGCAUCCACACAACACAAAUCGGAACGGGUCCUGCACCGACUUUCCACCGAGUUCAUUGCAGGGUUGGUGCGCUGGCAAGACGCUGUCAGCCAGAAGAAGCAAUGGUUUCUCUGA